AUGGCGCCAGGGCUGGGAGCCAUCUCCAGCCGUGCCUGGGGACGCCGGCGGAGGAUUGGCGUAGCAUGCAAUGUGCUCGGGGACAGCAGGGUCGUGCCCUGCGCUUGCAAUGACACCUCAGGUGCCACCAGCGCCGAGGGUGGCUGUCGAAGCCGGUCCCACCAGUCCUUGCAGGCCCGCGUCCAGCUGCACGUUUGCAAAAGCCUGAGCUGGGCCCGGGAGGAUUUUGGGGAAGCAGUCGGGCUGACAGCAAAAGAUUCCAAAGGAUCCUUGGAGCCGCACAAACCAGUGAAAAGCAAGAAGAAACGGGAACUGAGGAUAACAUGUCCCCCCAUCAAACAGCCCGUUGCCAACACAACGCCCCCAAGGAACUUGGACUCCAGAGCGUUCAUUACCAUUGGAGAUAAAAACUUCGAGGUGGAAGCUGAUGACCUGGUGGCAAUUUCGGAGCUGGGCCGUGGGGCCUACGGCGUGGUGGAGAAAGUCCGACACGCACAGAGCGGCACCAUCAUGGCCGUGAAGAGGAUUCGAGCAACAGUGAACACUCAGGAGCAGAAGAGGUUAUUGAUGGACUUGGACAUCUCCAUGAGGACAGUUGACUGCUUCUACACAGUCACCUUCUACGGAGCCCUCUUCCGCGAGGGCGAUGUGUGGAUCUGCAUGGAGCUCAUGGACACUUCCCUAGAUAAAUUCUACAAGAAAGUACUGGAGAAGAAGAAAACCAUCCCUGAAGACAUUUUGGGGAAAAUGGCCGUGUCUAUUGUACGAGCUCUGGAGCAUCUGCACAGUAAACUGUCCGUAAUCCACAGAGAUGUGAAACCUUCUAAUGUGCUGAUCAACAAGGAGGGACAUGUGAAAAUGUGCGAUUUUGGGAUCAGCGGCUACUUGGUGGACUCUGUUGCAAAGACCAUGGAUGCCGGCUGCAAACCGUACAUGGCUCCGGAAAGAAUAAACCCUGAGCUGAACCAGAAGGGCUACAAUGUGAAGUCGGACGUCUGGAGCCUGGGGAUCACAAUGAUCGAACUGGCCAUCCUUCGCUUCCCGUACGAGUCCUGGGGGACCCCCUUCCAACAGCUCAAGCAAGUGGUGGAGGAGCCUUCGCCCCAGCUGCCCACCGAUCGCUUCUCCAAGGAGUUUGUGGACUUCACAGCGCAGUGCUUAAGGAAGAACCCUGCUGAGCGAAUGAACUAUUUAGAACUUAUGGAACAUCCUUUCUUUACCUUGCACGACACCAAAGAGACUGACAUGGCCUCCUUCGUGACAGAGAUCCUUGGGGAAGACUCCUAACUCAAACUUCACGGCUUCGUGCGGUCCCCUCCAUCCUGGCUUCCCUACAGAAAAGCGAAUGAGGACUCGAGUUAACGGUGGUUUGCACAAAUCGCACCUCCCCAACCCAUGGGCAUCUCUGGCCCCAUCCGACCUCGCAAUCUCUUUUUUUUUUUUUUUUUUUCUUCACCCUGUAAAUCAAAUCCCCCAGGAUGAGCCUUUUGAAGCCAACACUUUUCCAACUAAAGCCACGGAGACUGAAGGCUCAGGAGUUCCCUGAUGAUGCCAGCGUAUCCCUCCUGGGGAGAGGACUGUGCCCGUGGUGCCUGAGCAGGGCCAGGGCAGAGGGUGCCAGAGGGCACCUCCCCUCCCCAGCAGCCUGGUGCACAGUGCAGGGGGCUUGUGUUUCUUUGCUGCCUGGGGAAGGCAGAGAGGAAAAAAUGCUGCUGUGCUUGCCCCACUCUUCUGCCCUGCCUGCCCAAAUUCCCUUCCCCGGCACCUGGUCUCGCUCGCCGUCCCUUUGUGCCUGACUCUCUGCCCCCAGGAGCCUAUGCAGCUUUUUAGGGGACCGUGGGGCUCCCUGGGCAUGCCACUGUUCACACCAGAGGCUGCUUUAAUGCGUGCCUCGACAUCUUCAUGACCCUUUGAGGCAGCACUAGACUGGGUGUCCCCCUCCCUCAAUCGAUACACUGCUCCCUUGCUUGGGGGGGGGAGGGAAGGCAUUUUUCGAUGAGCCCACCUUGAUGCAAGCUGCGACCCACGUUCUCCACACGCCUGCCCACGGGACUUCAGCACACACUGCUCCCUUCCCCACACGGGCACGGGGUGAUGGAGAGAUGAGCAGGUCCCCAGGCGCUGCCUCUCUCCCCUCCAGCCCUGGGCUGGGAGGACGCAUCCCCUCUCCGGGCACUUUUGCAGCCCCUGCCUCCAUCUUCCCUGGCUCCUGGAGAAAACGUUGCUCCAUCUCCCUUCCAACCUGGAGUUCACGUAAGACCUCGCACUGUGACACCUGCUCGUUUCGGAGGCCGUACUUGCACCCCUCGUGUCCCCAAACUGCCUUCGAACCCUCCAGCUGCCCGCCGAGGUGUCAGCCGAGAUCAAAACCCCAGCGACUCGCACGGGGGCUGCAGACAGUUGUACAUUUUUAUGUCUAUAUAUAAUGGACUUUGUAACAUGUUGCCUAGUUUUAAUCUAACUUGCUAUAAAUUAAAGCCCUUCUGUGGGGGAGGAGGGAGGGAGCAGUUCCUUCUCCGCGAACAAAUCCACUGUGAAAACCUGAUGUGUUUCCCCGCUCUCCCACCCUGAGCACUCGGCCAGGAGCUAUGGGAGCAAAAGGGAUUUCUGUCUUCUGCUGUAUAGGAUCACGGGAUAAAUGCACCGGCUGUGGAUUUUGUUGGGUUUUUUUAAUGGAUUGAGUUUUCA